CUCAGAAGUUUCUCAUCCUCUCCACGCUGUUCUUCAGUGUGUGAUGAGUGGUUAGUGAUUAGUGAUCUGGAUGGAUGUGAGCUGGAGCAGAACACGUCUCCAUAAGCAUCUGACUGUUUUCCUCCGGAUUUAUUGACACCCGUUUAUUUUUAAGGUUUUAUUGCAGCAGGCUGCAGUUGAUGGUGAUGUGUAUAUGUGUAAAACACAAUGGUGUGGUUUCUGGAAGGGCUCAGCUUCUUACCGACAUUUCUGGUCAUUUGGUCCUCGAGCACUUUUAUAGUGUCGUAUCUGAUCGCCCUGCUCCGUCAGGACGUGUCUGUGCUUUUCCCCUACAUCAGUGAAACAGGAGCGACACCUCCAGAGAGCUGCAUAUUUAGCUUCAUGGCAACAGUUUCAUCAUUUGCAGGGUUUGCCACCAUGUUUGCCAGAUACAAAUUUGUGCAGAAGCUGAUUGAAAAAACAGCUUGCGUGUCUGCUUGUCUGAACAUGGCUGCUCUCAUCUGCGCCAUUCUGUCUUGUAUAGGAAUGUGUAUUGUGGCAACGUUUCAGGAGACAGAGGUGACAGUCGUCCAUGAUCUCGGUGCUUUCAUAUUCUUCCUUUUUGGAAUGAUCUACAUCGUGCUACAGACUGCAAUCUCAUACAAGGCUCAUCCUCAUGGAUCUUCAAAGCGGGUGUGUCACAUACGUGCUGGCUUUCUCGUGGUGGCUUUCUUGGCAGUAAUUCCAACCCUUGGUUGUGCGGCAUUUCUGAAGACAUCCAAAUUGCACUGGGACCCAGAAGACAAGGGCUAUGAACUUCAUAUUGUGAGCGCUGUGAGCGAGUGGAUAGCUGCCUUCACGUUCGUCUUCUUUUUCUUCACAUAUAUACAGGAGUUCAAGCAAUUCACUUUGAAAGUGGACGUCCAGUUACUGGAGUUUACAUGAGCCCAACGUGACACCCGUCACUGUGAGACUUGUACGAUUAUGUGCACAAGUUUUAUGUCUUUUUUUUUUUAAAUCAAACUGUCUACUGAUUUUUUUUAUAAAGUCCAUUAUUUUUAUACUCUGUUUAUAUGUUAUUUAAAUCACACAGUCCUGAAGAAUGAGUUUAACACGUUUCAAAGAAAGCUCUAACACAAAUUAUAGCUUACAAUUAUAGCUUUUGCACUUUAAUCCAUGUUGCUGUAAAGCUGACUGACUAUUUAUAGUGUUCCAGCAAUAAAAUGAUGCAAUUACACAA